CCUCUGUCCUCUUGUUGUCUCCUCUGCCACUUCGUCUACUCCUCUCACCCCGUCUGCUUAAAGUGUGUAGUGAAGCUGCUGUGAGACGCUGCAACCAUGGCUGCUACUGGAUGUUUCCGCAUGGUGUCAGAGGAGGAGCAGGCCAUGAGGUCUAAACUGGAGCAUUUGACAGUGAAGGAUCAUGGGCCAGUGUUUGGGCCAUGCCACAAACUGCCUGGACACACUGUGCAAAAGGCGAAGGAUGAGCUGACUGAGACGGAUGAGAGGCGAGCGUCGUCACUGAAGGACCUGCGGGGCAUAAUGAAGGAGAGAGCAGCAGAGGGAGACGAUCUGGCCAAGCUGGUGCUGGAGCGCUUCGGGGACAAACCGGACUCUCUGCUGCUGCGAUUCCUCAGAGCUCGCAAGUUUGAGGUUGUCAGAGCCCACGACCUCAUGAAGGGUUAUGUGCGCUUCAGGAAGGAGUAUCCCGAGCUGUUUGAGAACCUGACCCCAGAGGCAGUCCGCAGCACCAUCGAGGCAGGUUACCCUGUGGUUCUGCCCAGCAGGGACAAAUAUGGCCGCGUCGUGCUGCUCUUCAACAUUGAGAACUGGGACCUGGAGGAGAUCACGUUUGAUGAGAUCUUAAGAGCGUACUGUGUGAUCCUGGAGAAGCUGCUGGAGAAUGAAGAAACCCAGAUCAAUGGCUUUGUGCUGAUUGAGAAUUUCAAGGGUUUCACCAUGCAGCACGCCUCGGGAAUAAAGCCGGCUGAGCUCAAGAAGAUGGUGGACAUGCUGCAGGACUCUUUCCCUGCCCGCUUCAAGGCGGUCCACGUCACCCACCAGCCCUGGUACUUCACCACCACAUACAACGUGGUCAAACCCUUCAUGAAGAGCAAGCUGCUGGAGAGGGUCUUUGUCCACGGCGACGAGCUGGACAACUACUUCAAAGAUUUCGACGCAGACAUCCUGCCGACAGAUUUUGAUGGGAAAGCCUCUGUCGUAGACUGCCAGGCCAUCGCCACCAAGCUUUUUGGCUCUGAAGACACUGCUCUCUGAAACACCAGUCCUCACAUCUCAGACCCAAGAGUUAUAGUGUCCUUAUCCUAGAUGCUUCUUUUGUGAUCAGAUCAGGUCUAUUCUGAAGCUAGGUUGACGUUUUUUAUUAUUAUCCAGGCAGUUCCUAUGAGCAAAAAGAAAUAUCUAGAGUUAGGAGCAGGGGAUGGUUUGGAAACAACUUAAUAUAUGGUGAUAUAAAUGGGAAGAAAAAGGAUGUUUAGAUAUUACAGAGAGAAUAAUUGAUGGGUAAUGUGCACUGAUAUUCAUUGUUACAUAACAAGCAGAGGGAAAACAAGAGAGUUGAUAAUGUGAUGAUGUUGCUCACAUCCAGAGUGACUCAGUUUGGUUUGUUCUUUGCCUUAAAGAUGAAUUUCACAGCAUACAGAGCAGCCUCGUGCCUACGAUCCUGUCAGUUGAGCGAGAACAGAAGGGUAUCACAGUCUCAGGAGUUUGGGAAUAUAUGAAGAGGGAAAACUGACAAUGGAUACGCCUGCAUUUGAUUAUUGUCUUAGGAGCAGGAGCCUCCUGAUGCAGUGCCAUGGAACGAGUCUCAGCAGCCUUGUUUGAGUUGUGACUCUCAGAUGCCUCCUGUACCACAAAGAUCCACUCUGCAAGUUGCAUUGGAUUGGGAAAUUUUUAAAUAAAUAGUUUUGUGUGUGUGUGUG